GCUCCAGCGGCUCGGAGCGGGCCGUUUCCGGUCGGUUUGUUAUUGUCUGCGUACGUUUCCGGUGUGGAUGCGGCCAAAAUGACCAAAGUGCAGCUGCUGAACGCCUACCUGACGGAGCGGCUGACGGUGGUGGUGAAGGAGAUCCUGGCCGUGGUGGAGGACACGGUGUCCGAGUACCGGGAGGAGGCGGCGCGCGCACGGCAGGAGAACGACAGCCUCCGGCGGCAGCUGCGGGACAUCCUGCUGCUGGAGGCCGAGACCGAGUGGCUGAGAUCCACUGGGUCAGUUCUGAGUUUCGCACCCCCCGAGCAUCAGUCCACCGAUCUGGACCAGAGUCCCCACCCCCAGGAACCUGACUCCCCCCCAACCCGGCCCCGACAGCCCCCCGUGGUACCAGUCCAGUUGGAGACCCCCCCACAGCAGAACCUGGUCCCGGGUCAGGAGCAGGCGGACCCGGUCCCAAAACCCGAGGGGGUUCUGAAACCCAACCCUCUACUGGAGCCUCCUCAGUCCUCCUUGGUCAUGGUGGUCCAGGAGGAGGUCCAGGUUCUGGCCCCAGCUCGGGUUCCAGUUCUGAUCAAAGCUGAACCAGAGGAGGUGAACGUGAGUGAACCUGAACACACCGCUGACGGUGCGACGUGGGAGGAGGCGGGGCUGCGAUGCAUGACAGAGGUGGACAGGAUCCAGACAGACUCCCACGAGACCCAGAGGACCAAGACCAGCACCCGGGACCAGGAACUGUCCUCGGUGGUGGCGGACGACGACAGCGGCACGGCGUCCUACGUCCCUGAACUGGUCCACCGCUGCCCCCGCUGCGGCGAGGCCUUCGGUCAGGCUGCAGGGCUCCGCCUCCACCUGGAGCAGAAGCGAAAGACGUACGCCUGCGACUGGUGCUGCAAGUCGUUCGCGCAGUCGGCCGACCUGCGGCGCCACCUGCGCACGCACACGGGCGAGCGUCCGCACCGUUGCACCUUCUGCUCCAAGAGCUUCAGCCAGAGGGGGAACCUGCGGCGCCACCUGCGCAUCCACACAGGCGAGCGUCCGUACAGCUGCCCGUUCUGCUGCCGCACCUUCAGCGACGGCGACACCAUGAAGAAACACAAACGCACGCAUUCGGGCGAGAAACCGUACGGCUGCGCUCACUGCAGUAAGACCUUCAGCAGCGCCGGCGGUCUGCAGGUGCAUCUGAGGAAGGACCGCUGCUACGCCAGUGCCAACGCAUGAGUGCCUGAGCACCGACGGACGGACGGAAGGAUAGGGGGCGGGGCUCAGAUGGGGCGGCGCCACCUGCAGGACUGCAUCAACUGCACAAGACGUUCCUGAUGUUGAUGAUAUGGACAAAAGUCUGUGGACGCAUUGAAUUCAGGCGCUUUUUAAAGACGUGAAUGUAGUUUUAAAAUGAACAGGUCCAAACCCUGAACCUGGUCCAAACCU